ACUGAAUGAAUUUGAACGCAUCCAUACAUCGACGUUCACACAUGCCAAUAAUGUUAAAAGCGAUGUAAAUAGACAGGCGUGUAAUACUGUAAACAACAAUUCGAAUGCAUUUGAUCGUUUAAAAUGUGCGGAAUUUUCUGUUCCUUAACGAGAAACUCGAUCGAACCGGAGGGCGGCAAACUAGACGAGCAUACGAAAAAACUUCUUCAAAAUCGUGGCCCUGACCUACAGUCACAACACCAGGUCGAGUGCAAUGAUUUCACAGUAACAUUUGCCGGAUUCGUACUGUGGCAGCAAGGAAAUGCAGCUACAGUGCAACCAGUAGUCGAUCGCGAUCAUAUUAUGCUAUUCAACGGAGACAUCUAUUCGACCGGAUCAGUAACUUCAAAGACUCCGGAGCAGAGUGACACAGAAUGGUUAUUUUCAAAGAUCGCUCAGUGCAAUGAAGAAAUCGAAUUCUUUGACCUGAUGAAGCACAUCCAAGGACCAUUCAGCUUAAUUUACUUCAACAAUAAGUCGAAGAGACUGUACUUUGCGAGAGAUUCGCUAGGACGACAGACACUCCUUAUUGGUUCGUAUCGGAAUUCCAUCUGUAUAACUAGCGUAGCAUCCAAGGUGGCCGGAGACAAUUCAUUUAUAGAAGUUCCACCGCUCGGAAUUUUUUCGUUGAACCUCAGUAACAGUGCAGGUGAUUUUAAUAUUGAGUUGAGUACGUGGCAAGAUCUGUCCGUUCAUGAACAUUUUGCCGAGCAACUGGGAUCUGUGGGAAAAGUGAUAGGUAGCCAAAUUUCCUUACACGAGAACUUAGAACCAUUCUGGAUGCAAACAGAUGAUAGCCGGUCAGACCGAUACACAUUUACAUCAUUGCUUAGUGAACACUUAGACAAAAGUCCUCUGGAUAUUCUGACUAUACUUUCACAGUGUAAAGAAGUUGUUUCAACUUCAGAUGAACUGAUCGAUCUACUUACGCGUUCACUGAAACAACGAGUUGAAGCAACGCCACAACUCUGCAAGAAUUGCAUAAAAUCCCCGGUUGUCAAAGAAUGCAAUCAUCCCAAAGUUGGAAUUUUAUUUUCCGGCGGCAUAGAUUGCACGAUUUUAGCGUUAAUGGCCCACGAAAUCAUUGAUUCAGCCAAUGCGAUCGAUUUGAUAAACGUUUCGUUCGAAAAAAUUAACCGAAACCCAUCAGCCAACAGAGCGAACGAAAAUUACGAAACACCCGAUCGGCUGACCAGUCGACAAACAUUGAAAGAAUUGACGGAACUGUGUCCGAAUAGGAAAUGGAAUUUGAUUGAAGUAAAUGUGACCAGAGAAGAAUUGAAGGAAGCUUUAAAGGAAAAGAUAUCCGAUCUGUGCUAUCCAUUGAACAGCAUUCUGGAUGAAUCACUCGGUGCUGCAUUAUGGUUCGCUGCGUCGUCGAAAGGUCUAGUGAAUUCGGUACACUAUGAAUCACCGUGUCGGGUGUUGUUAAUAGGUUCCGGAGCCGACGAAUUGUUUGGUGGCUACACUCGACAUCGAAAUGCUUUUCUACGAUCCGGUCAAUCGUGGACACAUUUAGAUAACGAGUUGAACCUGGAUUGGACGAGGCUACCGAGUCGUAAUUUAGCUAGAGACGACCGAAUCAUUGGCGACCAUAGCGUAACGGCUAGAUCGCCAUUCGUCGAGGAAAAUGUGGCGUUCUAUGUGAGGAACUUGAACUCCUCACAAAAGUGUUUCCAUCUGUUGCCUGAAGGAGUCGGCGACAAAUUGUUGUUGCGAUUAUGUGGAUUUCGGAUGGGUUUGCGGAACGUUUGUUGGCUUAAGAAGCGUGCUCUGCAAUUCGGUUCACGAGUGGCGGAUCGUAAACAAAAUGCAAAAGAUGUUUCCGACGCGUUGAGGUAAUAAAAGUUGCGAAACUGUUUCCGGAC